GCGAUCCUUGCACUCCUCUUACUGUGUAACACACGCGGUGAACGCAAAAGUUUGAACAACAUCAGUGUUCGACCUUAAGUUUUUUAAACGAGUAAAGAAUUCUUUCGGGUGAUUUUUCGCCUGAAAGCUACAAACCUAACGACCAUAUGAAAAACAAAUUGUCAGUCAAUUUUAUGACGCGGGAAGUGUUCUCUGGCGAUCUGCCGGUAAACGCGGUGGAAGAACAGCGGCUUAGCAAGACGAAUACGCGACGACCAUCGAUGACACCGAAAAUCGUUGUUUGCCCUCCGAUGGAAGAGACGACCGAAACUAUUUCAACUCCUCGCGGAGGACGCCUGCUAAAGGCUCUCAGCAGACGCAUUUCCAGGCGAGGGACUGACGCUGAUUCAAUCGGAAGCUCUAGUAGCAGUGAUAGUAUGUCUGGAGACACCGCUCGCGAUGGCCGGUCGGAUGACCAUUCAUCGUGUUCUACCAGUGAAUCCGGCAGCGACGGCUCUGAACGCCAACGUCGCAAUCGCUCCACAGUUUCCCUUCGACGAGUAUUCCAAAGUUUGAAUUUAACAACGCGCUCCCAGUCCUGCACACCUACAGAACGAACACGGCCACCGAAAAAACAGCAGCAGCCAAAACGCAUUCUCCGGCCUCCCGUAACUUAUACCUACGUGCGGGGACUUUCUGGUCUACCCACCCAAAGAGUUCCAAGGUACGCAGUCUGCUGCGCUUCCAUGGGACUCAACCGGUAAACAGCUAAACAUGAAAAUUGUGCAACUAAGGACCGAACACGGACGGAGAUCAAGACUGGUUAAAAUAACGAUUAGAAUAAUGUGCUAGGGAGAUGCGUUCUCAUCAUAUCAGUAGUGUAAUAAUGACCCAGAGCUAGUCGACGAUGUAAUGCUAUCUUCGUCAAGGACCAAGACAGAAAAACGACCUCAAACGUUUCACGAUUGACUAGUAAACUGUAAUCGGAGCUGUGAAUCAUUCAGUAUUAUUAUGAGACAUAAUUUAAGAUUGUUUUUUUUUCCAUUUGACAUCAUGUCAUUCACAGUAGUCUUACAUUUAUAUCGCACUCUAAAACAUGAUAAUAAUAUGAAAUAUUGAAUAUUGUAAUAUUCACUCCUCCAUUUGUUAAGUUACUAAUGCAAUUAUAAUCAUUCGUAUUUCGUAGUAGUUCCUAUAAUUGGGAAUUGUUAAUUCGAACUAAAUGUAUGUUAAUUGAAAAUUAACUAAAAUUUAUGAUCAUCUUCGAAUUUUUAUUUCUGUUAUUCAAGCAUAGUGCCUUUCCAUAUUUUUACAUUAAUUAGUCGUAGUUGUGAAUUGUUAUUAAGAUAUCUUGUACUCUUCGUCAUUUAGCAAGAUAUUUCAUGAAAAUCCAUUCGGGUAUUUUCAUCAUACAAUGGUAAUGUUUCGAAUUUGAAAAUUAUUAGUAGACGGACUAUUUGUCUGAAAUUAUUGUAAUUCAGUAAAUAAAACAAUUAUUACUGCUGUAUACUGCA